CGCACCGGAAACUGAGCGUUAGAACACCCAAAGAAAUGUUGGAGAAUCAUUCCAGUGACAAGAAUAUAAUAAUCAUGAUUUUGUCUUUGGGGGGCUAGCAUCGCUGGAUGUAUUUAGUAAUCCGACAGUACAAAUUUCAAUAUUAUUGAGGUAACACAUUUAUGCAAAUAAUUUGUAUUUAUCAUUUAUGUGUAACAGAUAUGCAUGUUUCAUCAUGCAUGUGUUAUAAUAAAAAUUGUACUUAUGUACUAUAAGAUUUAUUCUAAUACAAAUUAACAAAAAGUACAGAUUACUACGGAUCACGUGUAAUUGCGAAAUGUUUCAUAACUCGAUUGAUUUGAGUUAAAACUGGAAUUCGGUUUGGAUUUGUAAAACAUCCACUGCAUUCAGCUAGCCCGAGCCAAUUUAAUAAGUAUGUAUGUAAUCCCCGGCUUGUCCAAUAUCGGGAUGGUUUCAAAAUGCAUCAAACCUUGAUUCAUAAUUCUGAAUAGAUUAUACUAUAAUUUCAUUCCAUUAUAUGAAAAUGUGCAUUGCUACAUCUUCUUUCAGCUUUGUGAGACAAUUAAAAAUUUGUAAUUGAUGGUAAUCACUCCAUGAACUGAGGAUCAGUGAUAUGAAUUCGAUUUUGGUCAAAAUGUGUACCAAAUUUCUGUUCGACUGAAUAAAUUAAACCAAAGUUACAGACUAUGUAACAGAAUGGUUACGUAAGUCCUGGCUCAGACUAAAACCUGAGGGGAAUUGAGAUUUUUAUUUCAUAAUUGCAAAAUUAACACGACAAUGGUUGAUGGUAAUUACUUAUAGAGCUAUUAACUAUUAUACCCUAAAUACGUCCCCUCCGUAUAUGCAUUAUUACCACAGCUACCUGUUUAUCAUUUCCAUAAAAAAAUUGUCGUGUUCGUUCCAAAAUUUCUAUUUUAUCAAAUUGCAAUUAAUUCCUAAAAGUGUAACCUUCAGAAGAUGCUUUACAUGUGUUUUGGACUUUUGAUUUUAAUCAUUCCUUUUUGCACUGGGAAGCAAGUAGAACUGGCAAAAACUAAUUUUGGGAUUCGCGAUUUAAAUACUGGCGUGGGACUCCAUAACAUCACUGCUGAAUUAUACCGAGAAGCAUCAAAAAAUAAUGAAAUCAUGGAAUGGGACUUGAUUGGAACUGCGAAAACGACAAUAACAGGGCGGGUGGACUUUAACAUCACUACCGAUGAAUUUGGAUCUGGCAGUUAUCGCCUAGUUUACUAUACCAGACCGUACUACCAAGCCCAAAAUUUUUCCAGCUUUUACCCUUACGUUGAAAUUAUGUUUGACAAACCUGAAGCCAACAAUACUGUCUACACUGUUCCAAUGCUCGUCAGUCCUUUCGGGUACAACGGUUAUAAAGGGAGUGCAAAAACAGAUUUGCAGCUAUUGCCACAUCAGGCUGGGACAAUCUUUGGGAGAAGGGAUUCAUGCUACAUAUGUAAAGUUUGCGAGGUAAAUUUUUCUUUACAGAAUCGGAAUCAAAAGAUUUAUCACCAUGCACGUAAUUACUCAUACUUGUGUACAUGUACAUAUAUAUACUCAUUUAUUGCUACAUUAAUAUGCUCAUUCGUAUUACCGAUUUCUUAUAAUUUCUUCUGCUUAUAUACUCUGCAUAAUUUCCCAAAGUUGAUCAACAUUGUAUCCAGUAAAUCUUUCAAAAAUAUUUUCCGUGUAUGUUCCUUCUCUGCAGCUCUUGUUCAAAUAAUAAAUAAUUCCUUUGUACCGUGAUUCUAUCCAAUUUAAAAAAUAAGCAGAUGUAGCAUAUCCAUCCCGAUAACUUUUAGUCCUCCCAGGUCGAACAGGCCUAUUUCGUUCAUAAUGAAAGUACCGAACCCAAUCUGCGAUCCCUUCUGUAAUCCAAAAAUCACAUUUUUUAUAUUUCUGAAUAACAUGUGCCAUCUCAUGAAUCAUGGAGCCAAUGUCGUCCUUUCUUUUUCGGUAGAAAUUCACACUUCCACGUAUCAAAGGUGGAUGUUUGCCUGGAUAUGCUGCUGCCACGCCUGCAUAAGUCGGAUCAAAUUUGAUUACAAACUGGGUGACCGGUGAUUCUUGAUAGGUUGGAGAUCGCAGCAGUGAUUCAACGUAAGGAAACCAGUCAUACAAAAUACUGACUACAUUAGACCCAAAAUGCUUCAAGUCUACAGCUUGUGAGGUGUCCACUUUUAUGCGAAUUGA